AUGCGAACCUUUGCCCUUGCAGCAUUGGUGGCCUUGGCCGCAGCUCAUCCUCCUUUCGAGCAUCCUGGUUGGACAGCCCCGCCUUAUCGUAACAACACUGCUACACCGUCCCACCAUAGUGGUGUUCCAUGCAUCUCAGCCGCGGAUGCUUCGUUGAUCGGUACAAGCUUCGGCUUGACCAUCUCCAACUAUACCGAAGCUCUGGCAAUUCAGCUGUUUACCAACAACUUCACCGAUCAGUCUGACAGUGUCAAUACUCUGAUUCACGAACCCGGUUUGACAGCCCAAGACCUGGGCUCCUUGACCUUCACCUCGAAGGCAGAAUUCCUCGCCGGCCAGGGAGCUCAGCCACCUGUUCCCUUCAAGAUUCUCAAUCUCUGGAAUACUUGCAACACCGUCAUCAUUCGUUGGCUAUCCGCUCAAACACCUCUACCCGUCCAGGGUAUCAGUAUCGCUUCUGUUGUCCCGGCGAUUGCUGGACAGGGUGGUGGCUUCGGCGUGGGCCCUCAAAAAUGGCAAAUUUCUGCUAUCGUCGCCGAGUUCAACUCUGGAGCUUGGUUGGGUAAUCUUGGAUAUCCGGAAUGUGAGGUUGUAGCUAAUGCGACAGCUUCUUGA